AUGCGGCCCGGAUUCUUUGUUGCGCCAUCGUUGCUCGGUGCACGUGCCUAUGCAACGCAAGGCAAGCAAAUUCUUAUCCGCGAUCACGGUGUUUUCGCCAACUACAUUCCUCCCGAGACAUCUCCCUCUGUGACCGAUUUCGCUAAAUGGCGUAUUACCAAGUGGCGCAACCUGAAGAAUAGUGUUCAGAAUCUCUUGAGUGUGGGUCUUAUUAAAUACAAAUCGCAGUAUGAAAAGUGGAAUUCAGGCAAAUUCUUGUCCAUUGCCGAAGAAACGUACAAGGAUAUGAAUGAUGCCUUUGCAAGAGGAGAUCGCCAAAUUCUUGAAGAAGUGUGUCUCGAUGCGAUGUAUUCCAAUCUGAAAAAUCAGCUCAAACACCGCAACAAUGCACGUUGGGAAUGGAAGUAUCACGGUGAAGUGGAAACUCCCAAGAUUGUAUGUGUGCGAUGUGUCGGCACCACCGGUGUCAGCAAGCAUGGUUUUGCAGUGGGUCAAGUCACAGUGAAAAUGUUCACAAAGCAGUCCAUGGCUGUUUAUGACAAGAAGAAUCGUCUUGUGGGUGGUGAUCCCAACAAGAUCCACAACAUUUUGGAAUACGUCGUGUUCCAGAAAACGAUUUCCGAUCCUGAAGAUAUUUGGCGCGUUUAUGGCAAGAUUGCACCUCCGGAAAAAGUAGCACAACAAUAG